GUCACUGUCGCACAAGCAGCUAAAUAUGGACACGUGAUCUGUUAAAAGUCUACGUGUCAAGUGAAGUUGUACGGGACCGUUAUUAUCGCCACAUUCCGUUUUCUUAUUUAGACCAAGGAAAAAAAAACAAAGGGUAAUGCAAGCAAAGAAAGAAGAUCGAAGAACUCUCAACUCUCAAGCUAUGGGUUCAUCAAAAGAUGAUGCUAGUGUCACCAACAUCUCUGUAGAAGAGCAUUUUAGCGUCUCUCAAUCUAGUCCCGGUGGACAGUUUGUAGGCCCAACAGAAGAAAUUUCCACGGCGGCGGAAGCACUUAUCGGGAGGUCGACAACAUUAACGGAGGCUCUGAAAGCAGCAGCCAUGAAUGUCGGCCACAAACCAGUGGAAACCACCGACGUAGCUGCCAUAAAAGAGGUAGAAACAAGGGCUAUCGGAGGAGACGACAUAGAAGGUACUGGCGGUGGUGUAACCGCCGUGGCAAGUAAGGCGAUUGCUCGUAACAAAACAAUAGGAAAAGAAAGUGAGAAGACAAAUCUCCGCGACGUUAUCGCGGAGAUUGAUGUGAAAGUAACGAGAGACAGAGAAGUGACAAGUGAAGACGCAGAAGCAGUGGUUCAAGCUGAGCUUAAUCAUUCUCCUUUCAAGAAUAUUAUUCCUGGAGGUGUUGCUGAAUCCGUCGCUGCAGCUUAUAAACUUAAUCACGAUCCAUCUCUUUGA